CUUGCCUCUCUCUGGACUUCCCCGACUAAAUCCAGGGAAGCAAGGCGUAGUCACCUCCUGGGUCUUGCUAAGUUGUGAUCUAAGUAUCGUGGGUGUUCAGAGUGCACAAGAUUGUCCUGGGACGUGAUUUUGUGUCAUGGUCAGAGGCGACAGUGGUGGGAUGAAUUCCCCAUAUAGUGGAGAGAGUGCCUCUCCCUACUCCUCAGACCAGUCCAUUGGGGUUCCUUCUCCUCCUACAGUGGUUGCUGCCUUUAACCGUCCAUAUGAUGCCAUUCACCAUGAUGGGCCAUACAUCAACAUCUUGGAGCAACCACAGUCCAAGUUUCGGUUCCGGUACAAAAGUGAGAUGGUGGGCACACAUGGACAGCUGAAGGCAGACAGAGCUGAGAAGAACAGAGCUGCCUUCCCUACAGUUAAGCUUUCUAAAUGGAACAGUGGUCCAGCCGUCAUACGUCUCACUCUAUACACUGCUGAGGACAACAUCAACCAGCGGAAGCGACAUGUUCAUGAACUCUCUGGAAAAAACUGCAACAAGGAGACUGGGAUUUGUGAGGUGGUGGUGGAUGAGAAAAGUGACUAUACAGCUGUGUUUCAGAAUCUUGGAAUCAUUCACAUUGCAAAGCGUGAUACAAGAGAGAUAAUCAAGCAGCGGAAGCUUGAAGAGUUGGUGACUCUUGCCAGAGUACGCAAGCCACAUCACAGCAAUGAGGAAAUCCGUCGCAGCAUCACCCCAACAGAUCUUAAAAAGAUUGAUGAAGAAGCAGAGGAGGAGGCAAAGAGUAUGGACCUGAACAAGGUGGUGCUGCGGUUCCAAGCUUUCCAGUAUGAUAAGAACAUAGAGAGCUAUCGACCCAUUACUCUGCCUGUUGAUUCUGAUGUUGUGUUUAACCUAAAGAAUGCCACAACUGGUGAGUUGAAAAUAGUGCGGAUGUCUGCAUGCUCUGCCCCCUGCACUGGUGGGACAGAGAUCUGGCUUCUGGUGGAGAAAGUGCGAAGAAAUAAUGUUCAUAUCAAGUUCUUUGAGUUAGAUGAGAAUGACAGAGAAGUAUGGAAAGCUUAUGGAGAGUUUGCUGAUGCAGAUGUUCACCACCAAUAUGCUAUUGUCUUCAGAACACCACGCUACAGAGUUACCAAUCUGAGCACAUCUGUACGAGUGAAGGUACAACUUGAGCGUCCCACUGACAAAGACACGAGUGAGGCACUGGAUUUCACAUAUCUCCCUGACAGUCUGAAGAGGCCCCGAAUCAACCUCGAGAACACCUUGGAAGAAGGGAAGCGACACUUCAGUGACCUGCCUCCUGCCAAGAGAUUUAACAUCAACUCCUAUGCAAAUGAGGCCAUUGAUCUCAGUAGUAACAACAUGAGAAAUGUAGGAGGCCAAGAGGACUCGAUGCCGCUUCAUGACAUAAUUGGGAUCAUUAGAAGUCCUGAGCUGACUGACACCAAUGUGAUGGGCCAUUAUGCACUGGAGGUACCAAACCAAUCACCACAACAUGCUGUCCCCUCACCAGGGAGCCACGGGGAUACCAGCAAUCAAGGCUUGUACUCUCCACUCCACCCUGGCUCCACAGAAGUGACUUCCACCUACAGUAAUGUGCUUCAGGUACCAUCCCCAGUGCAGAUAUCCCCUAGCUCCCCGCAGUACAGCAUGAUGUCUCCUGGAGGGGAAUCAAUUGGGUCACCACCUUACCUUGGUUCUGGAGGAGUUGUAGUGACAACCACCCACUACUCUCAGCCAUCACAGUCACCUCAAUAUAUUCAAGCACCCUCACCAGGGAUGAUGGUGCCUUCACCUGGCUACCAGGAUCCUUCCCCUCAGCUCAUCACACAACAGCAGUUUUUACAGCAGCAACAGCUCCAGCAGCAGCAACAGCAACAGCAGCAGCAGCAACAGCAGCAGCAGCAGCAACAGUUAAGACAAAUACAUCUUCACCAACAGCAGCAGCAGCAACAACAGCAACAUCAUCAACAACAGCAGCAGAUGCUUAAAACAGAGCCUUUAGGAUCACAAGUGGUGCAGGGUGCCAGCAGUGCCUGGGAUGGCUUGCAGCAGGGGGUCAUGAUGCAGCCUCUUACACAACCACAGCCACAGUCAGUCCUUCAGGUUCCAGAGUAUGAUUUGCCCAACUGCUUUCAUGAUAAUACGGGACAGGAACACUCACUGAUAGACAUCUUGGAGAUUGCCGAGAGUCAGCUUGACUUUGAUGGUUUCGAAUUUGCUAACCCGAACAUCAAGACAGACUAUGGUGGCAAGAAGAGUUCAGACUCAAAGAAGAAACAGAAGGAGCAACCCAUUGGCUCAAGCCCAGCUGUGGAUGCACUCAGCAAGUUGAUGGCUGAGGUCAGAGUGGAUGGCUCAUCUGGAAACAGCAACAGGAGAAAUCCCCCUCCACAGCGGCCUGAAGGACAGUCUCAGCAGCGACCAUCCCGAGAUGUAGAUGUGGCUUUCAGGGUGGCGGUGAGUGCUGCCGAGUGUCUCCAAGCAUAUGCAGCAACUGAGGACAUAUCACUGCUGCUAGCAACACACCGCUACCUCCUAGCUGUUCAGAACAACCAGGGAGACACAGCCCUCCAUACUGCUGUCAGCAAUAAGAACAUGGAAGCCUUCAACAAAAUUCUUAAAGCAAGUGAGAAGAUUAAUCCAAGAGAUCUUCUUAAUGCCCAGAACUUUGCUCAUGAAACUGCCCUCCAUCAAGCCAUCCGUGGCAAUGAACUGACAAUGGUGCGUCGCUUGGUGGCCACACCAGGCUGCAAUGUGAGUUUAGUAGAUAGCCAAGGCAACACCCCUAUCCACAGUGCUGCUGGCCUGCAGGAUCCUCAAUGCCUAGAUGCCCUCCUCACUCAACCCAUCAAUGGAGCUCGCUCUGCUCUCACCCAGGCCAUCAACAUCUACAAUUACCAAGGAGAAACACCUCUGCACGUGGCUGUGGUGUCAGGCAGCCUUGAGUGUGUGCGGCGGCUGGUGGAAGCUGGGGCACAGGUACACCACUGUGAACGCAAGAGAGGAGCAAACCCUCUCCAUCUAGCUGCCAUGUUUGGGCGAAGGGACAUUGCUGCAUUCCUCAUCGAUCAUACAAGUGUGACAGUGGAGGCAGCCAUGUUUGAUGGCAACACAGCCCUCCACCUGGCAGCACAAAGCAGAGAUGCCGAGUUCUGCCGUCUCCUCAUGAGAGCCAAGGCUGAUCCUCAAGUUCGAAAUGCCUUAAGUAGAAGGAAAAAGUCCUCAGAAUCAGAAGAGGAAGAAGAUGAAGUUGAUGAAGAAGAGGAGGAUGAUUCUGAAGAGGAACAGCAAGGAUACACCCCACUGGACUAUGCUGGAGAUGAUGAUGAGAUCCUUGCAAUCCUGCAUGGAGAGGAGCCUGUGGAGGUGCAGGCUUCAGGGGAAGUGCUGGUGCAGGAAGGCAAGAAGGAAAUUCCUCAACACUCAGCACUAGACUCUGGAAUUGAUAUCUCUGUCACAGACAUACAGAGUUCAGAGUUGGCCUGUGAUGAAAGCCAAGAAAGUGCCAGAGAGUUGAGUGAACGUACUCGAGGACGCUUGGCAAGCCUUCUCAGCGGGGACACCUGGCAGCACCUUGCCCAGCUGCUUGACCUGGAGUUUCUGGUGCCCUGCCUGGCCAAGGAAGCCACACCAGCCCAUGUACUGCUUCAGCCGGAGAACAUGAAGGGCGUGUCCAUAGAGAAGCUGCGGGAGUGCCUGGAGGUGCUGGGCCUUAAGAACUGUGUUGCUGUAUUGGACCGGACAUAGGGGGAUGCUAAGCUAUCCAUGUGUCUGUGGUAAACAAAAGUUAUGAGGCUGCAGCAAGUUCAAGUUUGAGGUAGGCAGCAGUCUGGACUAAUGAUGGACGAUGUCAUGAAGAUGGUAUACUUCUGUCUUGAGAUUGUCAGACAGAAAGAAUAGAAGGGACAAGAGUAGCUUGGAGUCGUGCAUCCCAAAGUGUAUCCUGAAAUAGAAAAUACUUUCAUUAUGUGCAUAUUUAGCAUGUGGAGAAGUAAAGUAUAAUGAUAACCAGAAUACUUUAAUUAGCAGAUAAGUUAUAAUAAUAGGAAAAUCAAAAAUAUAAAUUUAUAAAAAUCUUAGCAUUGAUAUUAGUUCAACAAAAAGGUGUGAAGGAUGCAGGAGUAAGUCUUAGUAAUAUGUUACUGUCUUUGUUACUUGUUGAAUACUUUGAUGCAUGACUAACAAUGGUUAAAGAGUUAGAGAGGAUGAGUGGUGUCAUGAAAAACUGCAACUCCACCACCACUGCUAAGGAAUCCUGGAGGGCGAGAGCGAUGCUACUGCCAGCCAUGAAGGUGCACUGGGUUUGCAAGUUUUCUUGUACACAGUCAGACAUGCAUCCCAAGGUUAACAUUAUUAAAAUAAUAAUAGAGUGAUUUUGUAUUCCCAGAAUAUGCUUAUAUUUUUCUAAUGUAAAAAUUGUUAAUAAUUUUAGGAAUAUUAAGUGCAAGGAGGACCACAGUGAACACACUACAUUCCCUGACUAAACUGAGGUACAAACUUCCUGAGGGGAUGUGGUUGACACUACAUCUAUUUAGACUAAGUGAUACUAUGUCUUCCAGCACAAAGCUUGAGUCAUUACUAUCACACAUUUCUGGCAAUAUCACUGUGCUUGAGAGUAGCUGUAGAGGUGGUCAUGGUUAUCUGUCAUGGACAGAAAGCUGCUUUGCCACUUGAGAGAAAGAUCAGCUAAACAAAAUCUUUCUCUGAUGAUUAUUAUUAUUAUUAUUUGACAGUAAAAAUAAAAAUUAUAUAUUGAGAAUGUUCAAGUUUUAUACUUGUACCAUUGGAUAAACCUUCACAAGCCUUACCUGGCUCAGCACUGUUGGUUGUGGUUCCCAUGGUGAAGACGGCGCCCUAUCACCUGCUGGUGCACACGCCUGUGAUGAUGAUUAAAUAAAGUAAUUUUACUUUUGA